GCCUUUCUAGUUCUUGUUUGUAAAUUUAAGCUCAAGGUUCAGCUUCUCUUGCUAUUGUAAUUACUUGUCGUUGGUUGAUGAUUGGGAGAGAAUCACUUUUACAUUUUAUAAUUCUUCUUGCUUGCUCGUUAGCGCAACCAAGUGAGGAACGUGGAGGGUGCUUUUCUCUUUUAAGUGGUAUGGUGGAUGAUAUUAAUGCAGAUAUCCAGAAGAUAACUGGUUUCAACAAUUUGAAAGUUUUGCCUCGCAUCAAAAACAUUUUACAGAAGGAUUUCUUCCACUACUUUGAGGUUAAUUUGGAACGCGGUUGCCCUUUUUUUGACGAUGAUAAACGAUGCCCAUCAUCAGAUUGUCGAGUUAAGGAUUGUCCAGCUGAAGAAAUACCUUUGGGGCUACGUGAAGAUUCGUUGGAGUCGUCACCUCACCAUAAAUAUUCAAAAGAGGCCAACAUGUAUCCAGAAGAAGGAAUCGACUGUGGGUUAGGGAAGUUAGAUAGUUCCUUAAGUGAAGAACGUAAAACCAUAAUUGCCAAUUGGACUCGCCAUGAUGAUGAAGAUGAGUUGACGUUCUGUGAACCUGAUGACGAUAGCUCUGGCAAAAUGAUUUACGUGGAUUUACUCAAGAAUCCUGAACGUUAUACUGGUUACAAAGGACCUGCCUCAAAUAGAAUAUGGUAUAUGGUCUACAAUGAAAACUGUUUCAAUGAAGAUUCGAUUACUUAUGGGACAAGUUACCUAGGUCCAAGUCAAUCUUCAUGCCUUGAAAAGCGUGCAUUUUAUCGAAUGGUGUCUGGGCUGCAUAGUAGUAUCAGUGUUCAUUUAUCUUAUCGAUAUCCGUUAAGUCUUUUUUCACGACAUCAACCAAUAUCUCGUGAUUAUGAUAGUAAUAAUCCAGGUUGGGGUCCAAAUUUGGAGGAAUUUCGUCGUCGUUUUGAUCCAUCUAUUGUGCCAGAUGGUUUAACUCGAUUGCGUAAUCUUUAUUUCACUUAUUUGGUGGAAUUACGUGCUUUAGCUAAAGCUGCACCUUAUUUGAUGAAACAAACUUAUUUCACAGGAGAUGAGAAAAUGGAUAAGGAAACUAGAUCUGUUGUUACAGAUUUUCUACAAAUAAUUCAAAAUGAAGGGAGUAUUUUUAAUGAACAUCUUUUAUUCGCUGGAGAUAUUAAUGAAGCUAAUGUGUUAAAAAAGCAAUUUCGUGAACAUUUUCGCAAUAUUUCACGUAUAAUGGAUUGUAUUGGUUGUGAGAAAUGUAGAUUAUGGGGAAAAUUACAAACACAAGGUAUGGGUACUGCUUUGAAAAUUUUGUUUUCUGAUACUGUUCGUAAAGAGAAUCCUUUAGAUCAACCAUCUACUGCCGAACCUAAUUUUCAACUGCGAAGAACUGAGAUAAUUUCCUUAUUUAAUGCAUUUGGUCGUCUAUCUACAAGUAUCGGUGCAUUAGAUGAUUUUUGUGAAAUGAUUCAUGAGUCGCAAAAACAGAAACGGCAUACCGCAUCAGGAUAAAUUGAUGACACAGUAUGUUCGCGAUUUUCAACUUACCUUCAUUCUUUACUGCUGUACUAUCGCUGUUGCUGUCAAAGCUACAAAUAUCAUCAUACAUGCACUAUUGUUUAUCAUUCGUGGUCUUUCAAAUUCGCAUUAUUACAGUCUGUUAGCACUGCCAUAAAAAACUGAUACAUAACCGUUACGUUAUGUAUGCAUAUGUUGUAAGCAAAUUUUGUCGUCAUAACCUACACUGUUGUGUUAUUGUAAAUUAUUGUAUACAUUUAUGUUGUUUUCACUGUGCAUCGAUGUGGUCUCUUCCUGCUAGUUAUUUUAUCUUCUAUUAUAUCGUAAACAAAUCUAAAGAAUGGUUUAAGUAUACGUUAAUGGGUUUCUUUACUCAUCGAAAAGCUACCUACUAAUUACUCAUUUCCUAUGAUUUUGACUGAACAUAAGUUGGACAAAUCUUAAUGGUAGUGUUCUUGUCAAUUUAUUAUUAACCGAUCCCGCUUAGCUCGAAUAUUCACCCCUUGUUUUUCUUGUUUGUUUUUCAUCAUUAUAUUGUUUUAUCUUUUUUGUUCAGCAUUUUAUAGAUAAUUCAUCACUUCACUCAUAAAUACAAUUUUUCUUUUCCCACCCAUCCCUAAUCCAACAUGUGUUGAUUGAUUUUUUUUUACCUGUAACAUUCUCGCUUUGUAAACCGCACAUAAUUUCCUAGACAAAUAAAUUUUUCAUGUACG